UUAGUAUUGUGUUUGUUAUUUAUUGAGGCUUUUCCUUUAUAAUGUCGACAAUGAGAACUAAACAAACCACUUAAACUCUUCUAAAACACAAAAUGGCUUCCAACUUAAACUAUUCCUCCUCUCAAUCCUUCACCAAUCUCUUGUUUAGCCAAGAAGAUAACCCAACGCCUCUCAGUCCUUCACAGCCUCCUUUUUCUGAAUCCCAAACACCCACAUCCUUAGCUAGGGCGUCUAGAGUGAGAUGGAGUGUUCCUGAAGAGAAGGCACUUGCAAGUGCCUGGCUCAACACAUCCAAAGACUCUGUUGUGGGGAAUGAGCAGAGAUCAGCUGCCUUUUGGGAUAGGGUUGCAGCAUAUUAUGCUGCAUGUCCUGCUGUCUCUAAGCUCACCAUCCGAGAGCCAAAUACUUGUAAGCAGAAAUGGCAAAAAAUGAAUGAGCUUGUGAUGAAGUUUGCAGGCUGUUAUGAGUUUGCCUCUCGGACUCCUCGCAGUGGAGAGAAUGAAGAUGACAUUAUCGUGCUGGCCUACAAGCUUUACCAUCAAGAUCAAAAAAACAAAUUUAGUCUUGAGCAUGUUUGGAGAAUCCUCAAGACUGAUCAGAAAUGGUGCAAUUGGUGUGAGACCAAACUUCCUGCCAAGAAGAAAGCUAAACUUUCAUCUGUAGAAGAAGAGAGUCUCCAAAGGCCUAUAGGUGUGAAGGCAGCCAAGGCUUUAGCCAAGUCUAAAGGUAAGGGAAAGAGUGAAGGAGGAGCUGACGCUAGUUCUGCUGCUGAACUUCAGCUUUUGUGGGAAGUGAAAGAGAAGGAUUUGGCUUUCAAAGAGAGACUCUCCAAGCAGAAGCUACUUGACAGCCUUCUUGGAAGGUCUGAUGGAUUGAGUGAGAUGGAAAUUGAACUUAAGAACACUCUUAUCAAAGAGUAUCUGUCUGGAAGCAAUGUGUUUGUUUCUGAGAAUGAAUAUUCUGGUCUUUAGGCCCUCCUCUUGGAAGCUAGUGAUGUCGGCAAGGAAUGGAUUGAGUGGUUCUUUUGCUUUAUUGUAGUGUACUGUGACUGUUUUUACUCGGAUGUACUUUGUAAGCAGAAGCCACUUGUUUUUUGUUUUGGUAUGGCACAAUGUAUGGUCGGCAAGUGGUUGUUUUUCUAUGGUCAGAACCUAGUUGUUUUUAUUUUGUAUUGUAUGAAUGAAUGUAUUAUUUUCGACAAUGUAUGGUCGGCAAUGUUUUACUUUAUAUUGUAUGAUGCACAAUGUAUGAUUUUAUAUUCUCUUAUAUAUAUGUCUUUGUGUU